AAUGACCGUGCCCGGUCCGCAGCUCGGGCGCCGCGGGCUCCGGUCGCCGCUGAGCCGCUCGCGUUUUCCCAGCGCGGCCACCCAAGGCCAGCGAAGCCAUGGGCGCCACGACCCCAGAGCAGCCGCAGCCGCCCGGCCCCAGGGAGAGAAGUUGAAUUGCUAGAGGGACCUCAUGGACAGUCUCCCCAACAGCUGGUCACACAACCUUGGACGUUAAAGCCUGUGGAGAGAAGGAAUGUCUCUGGGGAAGGAAAACACGGGGUGGUGAGAGAGGUCAGAAACUGGAACCAGGAAGAGGCUGUCCCCACGGAGCUGCAAAGGCACGGAAGCAUGGCCCGCAGAUGGUAACAAAAAAAUAAUCCAGAUGGGGUGCAGGUGCUGUAAAAUGAUACAAAGCUAUCUCUUCGAUCCUGUUCCAGUGGCCUCCCCUGGCUACAUCAAUGAAGUCAGCAGCUGCAAGUUGGAUGAAGAAGACCCUGUGAAAUUAAAAAGCAAUCAGAGCAGCGAGAUCCUGGUGCAUAAAAAUGUCCUUGCAAGUGAGGGCUUCAAGAGGACGGAGGGUAGAGGCCAGAGAGCGGGUCCCCAAGAGCCCUGCUGGCCUCACCAAGAGCCGCUCCCACAGGAGGAUGCAGGAGGUGGACGCUGGGAGGAGAAGCCUGGCAGUGCGGUCAACGGCAUGGGCCCCACUGCAGCUCUGCAGCCCACCAGGAACCCCAGGUCCCACCAGAGGGACAAGGGCUCCAGGGCCAGUCCUACAGACAGUGUGCACCCCACUCAACCCUUCCUUGAAGGAGGGGACACCAGGAAACAGGACUGUGUGCUGCCAGCCUUGGAAAAGACCCAAGUCUUCCAAAGUGGGGACUUUGAAGUUCCUUCUAAGGUGGAAAGUUUUGCCUUGGAAGUACAAGGUCAUGACCUCCAGAUACCAACCCCGGAUUACCCUCAGCUGUGGGGCACAGCCGUACACAAUGUGGAUCAUGAAGAAAAGGAUUAUCUUUUCAAGAACCCCAAGGAGGAUGAGCCUCUGGCGGGAAUUCUUCCCAGGGUGGGCGAGCAGGGUUUGAACGUGCCCUUCCCCAGGAGGAGGAGCUGGGACUCAUUAAAUGAGGCCGUGACCACAGAAGUUCUAAGCAUCUACUUAAAAGAGCAGGGUCCUGUCACACCUGUGGUCAAUUCCAGAAUUGAACAGGAGAAAACGGAUGAUUCUGAUGGAAACAGGGAUGGGGAGGUGGUGGACGAGGAUGCAGCAGUGGCAGAAGCCCUCGCGGCACUGGAAGCUGCUACUGCAGGAGAAGACUUGGAUGAGGCAGAUUAGAGGAGGGAAAUGGUGCAGGCAAGAAAGCUAGUGUCAUGCUGAGCAAGUGGAGAGGCAUUUGCUCCUUGGACGUGCAGCUGAUCCUUCUGCCAGCACACCCGGGUACAGCUAGCCAGGUGUUCACAUCCAGCACCUGUUCCAGGGGUCAGCAUUGUGCCAUGCCACCUGCUAAAUAUCUGGAGCAUCACUCUGUGUAAAUAAGCUACCAUUGAGGACACUAAAAUAAAAAUCAGAGUGGGCUUCGGUAUCCACAUCCACAACAAAUGCAGAUAUUAAAUAGCUGCUUGCCAGUCCUCCAUGGUCUCCAGAACAUCUGGCACAGAUGUCCAUGAGGAUGCUCUGAAAUGCCAACAAAGGCACACAAGCAUGGAGCACUCUGUCCAACUGCAGAUUCUUGACCCUACUUUGGAUUGCCAAACAUUGUACCCCACCCAGAAAAGGUAGCUAUCUGCUUAAAGUGCCUACGGUGUCCCCAGAGCAUGGCUUAACUUCAGGGACAAACACCCAGGGAACUAACAACUGACCCCUUGUUGGAUGGUGAGUUAAGCUCGGCAGCUCUCAGGUGAGCUGAGCCAACCAGCAAACACGUGGGUAGGCAUCAGCCGUCAUCUUAACACACCUUGACCUUAACUUUUUUACAUUAUUACUUUUUAAUCUCCUUUGGGAUUGGGGAGGAUGGCCAAAAUAAUUCUUAAAUUUUGUCAUAUUUGUGUUUUAAGUUUAUGAGUUUUGGAACAGUAAAGCCAUAUAAGGAAUAUUUUUAUGCCAUUAAACUGAUUCUGAAUAAAAUAGACAGCA